ACACCCUUCUCGCUAUUCACAACCUUCAGCAAUGCGAUUGCCAAGCUGGUGUACUUGGCUGUUGCUCCUCAUAGGACCGUUGUUGUCCUUGGCCUCAGCCUCUGCCGGUGAACAGGUUCAGGCCUUCUUCGAAACCGGCAGUAAUGAGUCGAGGCAUACCAACAACUGGGCUGUGCUGGUCUGCUCAUCUCGGUAUUGGUUCAACUAUCGCCACAUGGCCAACACCCUGGCAAUGUAUAGGACCAUUAAGCGCCUUGGCAUCCCAGACUCGAACAUCAUCCUCAUGCUCGCCGACGACGUCGCUUGUAACGCUCGCAACCUGUUCCCAGCGACCGUGUACGGCAACAAUGACCGGAGGCUGGACCUGUACGGAGACAGUGUCGAGGUCGACUACGGAGGCUACGACGUUACCGUGGAGAACUUCCUUCGGCUGUUGACGGGCCGCCUUGACCACCAUGUCCCGCCAAAUAAGCGUUUGUUGUCCGACGCGUCUUCAAACGUCUUCAUCUACAUGACCGGGCACGGUGGAAACGAGUUCUUGAAGUUCCAGGACAAUGAAGAGGUGUCAGCCUUCGACAUCGCCGACGCUGUCGAGCAGAUGUGGGAGAAGAGGAGGUACAACAAACUCUUGUUCAUGAUCGACACGUGCCAGGCGAACACCAUGUACUCCAAGUUCUACUCGCCAAACAUCAUUGCGACCGGAUCAUCAGAGCUUGGUGAGAGCUCCUUAUCGCACCACAACGACAUGGACAUCGGGGUGGCUGUCAUCGACGGCUUUACCCACUUCAUCUUGGACAAGUUUGAGCCUGUGAACAAGUCGUCACAGAUGACGCUCCAGGACUUGUUUGAUUCAUAUGACCCCGCUGCUAUCUUGUCGCACCCCGGAGUGUCAACAGAUCUCUCAAGAGUGCCGCCUUCGCAUAUUCUGGUGACAGACUUCUUUGGCGGUGUCGCGGGAGUGGAAGUGGCGUCCGCCGCCCGAAAGAGCACAAACGGCGGCCGGGGUUGGACAGCAGCGUCAAGCGAGCAGCAGAAGAGCAAUCGCGACACGAAACUGUUGAGGACUGUGGACAAGCCCCGCCCGUCCUCGAACAUUACACUCUCUCCACCAGCAUCGCUACCCAUCCGGGACCUCGUCGGCUGGGUUGCACUUGCCGGCGCCGCCGCCACGGGCUCCUACGCCUACACUCGAGCUCUCGUGCAUUGAUGACAUGUAAAUUAGCC